GUGGAACUGUCUCGACUCCAUCAUCGUGAUAGCUUCCUGGUGGGAGGCAGCCCUGGAGAUUCAGCUGUGGCUAACGGAAGAAGGCUCGCGCAGCAACUUCGCCGGCAUCACCGGGAUACGCACAUUGCGUAUCGUCCGCAUCACGCGACUGGUGAAAGUGGCACGGCUGGCGCGGUUCCUCCGGUUUGUGAUGGCCUUGCGCACGCUGACUCAGUCCAUCAUCUACACGCUGAAAUCCCUGAUUUGGGCCAUGGUGCUGCUACUUCUCAUUGUGUACAGCUUCGGCAUUCUCUUUACCCAAGUUGUGGCAGAUAUCAUCAAGGAGCAUGCCCAGCUCAUCGAACAGCAG